UUCUCUAAAAAUUAAAAAGGCUUUUCAUUAGCUGUCAAAAUGUCAUUUGGCCUCAGACAACUCUGAAAGUAAAAAAGCAGCUCUGGUAGCAUUUUGUUUUGGGAGAAGGCAAAAAAGAAAAACGAAUAACGAAAAAAACAAAAAAAUGGACCCAAUUACAAAUACCACUGAACAUCGGGGAAGCGGUGAUGCCGGGAAUAAGCCAAAGAAACUUACUCCAAUGGAGCGCGUCAAAUUGUAUCGCUUGAUGAGAACCCUGACAUUACAACACGCGCAAAAGAAAUGGGAACGCAAGCAAUUGAAUUAUCAAUUGUCAUGCCUGGAGGAGGAAGCAGAGGGCAAUGAGCCCAUUAUGCAAAGGCAGCGGAAACUGAAGAAUCAGCUAUAUUAUACCAUGGUGAAAAUGCACAGACUGAAAAAGGACUUUUUCCUUAUUAAGAAGAUAGUUAUUUGAUAUAUAUCUUGAUAUAUAAUCGUUGAGCUGCAUUGAUGUGGACUUUCUCAUUUAAAUUGAAAUAAAUGGAGUGAUAACAAAAAAUUA